AUGGCAAUGAUUGUAUUAAAUACUUUGAUUUUAAUGAUGAAAUACCACGGAAUAUUUAACACAGCAUUAACGGCUGUUUUUACCGUCGAAUCCAUCUUAAAAAUUUUGGCUUUUGGCGUUAGAAAUUAUUUUAAAGAUGGAUGGAACAGAUUUGAUUUUAUUACUGUUGUAGGGUCUAUAACUGAUGCGUUAGUUACUGAAUUUGGGGGCCAUUUUGUUUCGUUAGGGUUUUUACGUCUUUUUCGGGCUGCUCGUUUAAUUCGCCUUCUUCAACAAGGAUAUACAAUUAGAAUACUUUUAUGGACUUUUGUUCAAUCAUUUAAAGCUUUACCUUAUGUUUGUUUGUUAAUUGGAAUGCUUUUCUUUAUUUACGCUAUUGUUUUUGGAAACAUUCAACUUGACCCAACUACAGAAAUUAAUAGACACAACAAUUUUCAAUCUUUCUUUAAUGCUGUAAUACUUCUUUUUCGGUAUCUUAGUUUCAGUAUUCAAAAUCCAUCCCCAGUAUUCAAUCAUCAUCUCUCACCGGGGAUGUGUGGAGGUUCUCAACCUGAGACCGUUCCUGAAGCUAAAGCCACUACAACCCCUUUCCCGUGA